CGGCGGUACUGGAAAUAUUCGGUGUGAUGUCUGCCCUGAUGUGGGACCACUUCUGUUUGAUAUAUAUAGACGUCGCAGGAGCUUCACUCGGGAGUGGGUUAUCCUGAACCGCCAUCCGAAAACAUCACGGCUAGUACGCACACCCUGUUUAGCUCCACACAACGAGAACGUAUAAUAACAGGCCAAGUUUCCAGUCCUACAUCACUUCUCUAGACUACUGCGAUAUAUCUGAUCUAUUCAAGAGGCACUCGACACCAACCUCCAAUGCCGUCACUUCAAGACCUCCCUCCCUUCCCCUCCGACGUCCUCACCGCCCCCAUCGCCCGCAUCUCUCUUCAAUCCCUCCUCGCCUCCGACCCAUCAUCCUGCGCAGCAACUCUCGAAGCAUGCCGCACCCACGGCUUCUUCUACCUCGACCUGUCCUCCACCCCCCUCGGCACCUCCCUCCUCUCCGCUUCCACCUUUCUCCACGAGAUCUCUCACAACGUCUUCAACCACGACCUCCCCUACAAAACAGCCCACGACCUCGUAAAAGGCGUCUCCCUCUUCGGCUACAAGCGCGCCGGCACCGUGAAAACCACAGACCCCACCCUCCGCCCCGACUCCACCGAGUUCUUCAACAUAGCCAAGGACCAUCUCCACGCCAUCACACCCUCCCGCUCGUAUCCCGCGGAGAUCACAGCGCCGGAGACAUGGGCCCUCCUCCAGGCCUUCUCGCGCGACGCGCAUGAAGUCGGCAUGCUCGUGCUCCGCGUGCUGGCCACACAACUCGGCAUCCUGCCCGCCGCGUUUGUGAGCAAAAACGAGUUUGGGCAAAAGAGCGGCGACCAUGUGCGUCUGACGCACAAGCCCGCGCGCGUGCCGGAUCCCGCCGCCGCCCUCGGACUCCCCUCGCACACGGAUUUCGGAAGUGUGACGAUGCUGUUCAACUGGCUAGGCGGGCUGCAGAUCCAGUCCCACGACCCUGCGCGUGUGGGCGGGUGGGAGUUUGUGAAACCGGUGGAGGACUGCGCGAUUAUUAACUUGGGGGAUGCGAUGGUUACGUUUACGAAUGGGGUGCUGAAGAGCGCGAAACAUCGCGUUGUGGAUGCGCCGGGGGAGCAGGGGCGGGUGGAUAGGUACAGUGUGGUGUAUUUUGUAAGGCCGCAUGAUGAGGCUGUUAUGGAGGCUGUUCAGGGGUUUGAGCAUCUAGGGGGGAAGGGGAGGGUCGCAGGGAAGUUUGAGCCGAAGGUGCCGGAGGGGGAGGUGUUGAGGGCGGGGGAGUGGAUGAGGCAGAGGGCAGUGCAAAUGGGUAGUUAG